CACACACCAAUCUCAACAACCACCCGCCGUCGACAACCACCCCCUACUUCUUUUCAGGUCUUCUUCGUCAUCAGCAGCCAAAAUGUCGGACGUUGGCACGACGAAGCAGUUUGGAAAGGCCCAGAGGCUUGUGCCGUCCCAGAAGGCCCAGAAAUGGUAUCCUGUUGAUGACGAGUCGCAGCCCAAGAAAGUCCGCAAGGCUAUUCGUCCCACCAAGCUCAGGGAGAGCCUCCAGCCCGGUACCGUCCUCAUCCUCCUCGCCGGUCGCUUCCGUGGCAAGCGCGUUGUCCUCCUCAAGCACCUUGACCAGGGUGUCCUCCUCGUUACCGGUCCCUUCAAGAUCAACGGUGUCCCCCUCCGACGGGUGAACGCUCGCUACGUCAUCGCUACCAGCACGCGCAUCGACAUCAGCGGUGUUGACAGCCAGACCAUCGAGAAGGUUUCCGCCCCCGGCUACUUCACCAAGGAGAAGAAGAACGAGAAGAAGACCGAGGAGGCUUUCUUCAAGCAGGGAGAAAAGCCUGAGAAGAAGGUUGUCGCGAGCGCCCGCGCCAGUGACCAGAAGGCCGUGGACCAGUCCAUCUUGGCCAGCAUCAAGAAGGAAGCUUUCCUCGGCAGCUACCUCGCCGCUACCUUCAGCCUCCGAAACGGCGACAAGCCCCACGAGAUGAAGUGGUAGACGUGCGACGCGGUGGCCGCGGGUUCGGUAGGAGGAAUUAUGUGAGGGGCGGCUAGAUGCAAAUCAGCGCUUCUCCGCACGGGGAAGUGCAAUUAUCGCAGCACGGGGAGACGGCUGACGGAAAAUUGUAUCUCGAUUUGGAGGAUCCGUCAUUGCUUGGGGAACACUGCCAUUUCGGAAAGACCUCCAGUCGAUUGUGUGUAUAUUUUCGCGGACAGGUUUCUCCCAGCGUGGCUGGUUUGCACUCAUGUCCAAUGAGCCGUGUGAGCAGAAAAAAGAAAAAAAUUCAUGAUCACCUUUUCCAGCUGUUACGUGUCUCUAAAAAAGGAUGGCUGGGAGUUAUUACAUGUUUAGUAUGAUACUCUUUUCUCAAUCUCCAGGUCAAGUUCCAGGUUCAGAUGGAAACCGAUCUCUCCCUUGUGUGUUCUUGCCUCAGAACCAUCGACUUACUGCCCUAUGCACAUAGAAAUCCGACACUCUACGCAACGCUAGAUUUAUACGAAAUAUAG